GAACUGCCUGUGACUGCUAAUAGACCAUUAUGACUUGGGACGAUAUCAAACCAAAGGCAUCGGUGCCUUUAUUCUUAGCCAUUGCUCUGUGCAUGUACUUUGCAGAUAAAUAUUCGUAAAAGACAAAAUAUCUAUUAAGUCAUCUUUAAAAAGUGAAAAGGUAUGCCCUAAAAUUCCUACUAUUUGACGUUAAUCUCUUUCGCUUGUAUAGUCACCGUUUAAUGCAAUGUGAAUAAAUUUUGUAGUUGGAGAAUUUGCCGUCCCAGAGUCAACACAUGGUGGUUAUAAAUGAACCGAUUAAAUCCUACAGUACCAAAAAAUCAAAAUCCUCCUUUGGCUUGCACGAGCACGAGCAAACAAGAACAAAUCGAUGAUAUGAUACGUCAGGCUGACAGUACACAAACUACUAAUAUGAAGUCAUUCAUUUCGGACGGUGACGGCAUGCAAAGUAUAGUGAUGGAUGUACCACCAAUGGAAGCAUUGUCUUGUCUUGAAGUUAGUGGAAUUGUUACCGUUCUCCAAGAAUACCUCGACUACCUGAAAUUAUUGCAAUAUGUUAUACCGGCAGCCAUUGAGGAGCGCUGGGAUUAUAGCUUUAAAACAGUAAAUGAAAAAUAUAUGGUACCUCAAGAACCCAGUACUAUCUACCACGAAGACAUGGGACUGCUGCCUUUGAUACCGACGAUCCCUGAGAAAUUACAAAAAGACAGGACAUACAUUUAUAGAGUUUUGAGUGAAACAGCCAAAGAACUGCUAGAGAGUGGGAAAUUUUUUAAAUUAGAAACCGAAAUUGACAACAUCGCGAGGCUACAGGAGGGUGAGCACGACCUGGAGGUGAAUUGUCAGAUUUGGUCGAGCCAAGUGAAACAGCUGGAAGAUUUAUUAGAAUCCACCAGAAGAGGCAACGUAGAGGAGAAGAAAAAUUAUAUAGAGAUAGGACAGAAAAUGAGCGCGGAGGUCGACAACUCGAUAUUUCUUAACGGAGCAAAACUAGGAUACAUAGAAAACUGGGAAGAAGCAAGGUUGCAGCAACAAGAAUUAAAAUUAAGCAUGAAAGAGACGGAGUUGCUUAACCAGAUGAACGAAUGCACCAAAAUGGAGGCUGCCGAUCAGAUCAUUUCAGGCGAAGUGCAAGCGUACCUAAAAGUUAACACGAAAGACAUGGAAGACGACAUAAUGAUGUGGAACAGUCGGUACAACGAAGAGCUCGAGCGAAGGGAGCAAGAGAUCUCCGAUUUUAAAGAGCAAAUAGACGCCCAAAAGGUGGUCCUUCAUAAUCUCUACGCCCUGCGGGAAGAGCGGCAGGUCUUCAUCGACGAGUGUUACGCAGAAAAGGAUCGGAUUAAACGAGAGGAAAAAUAUUGGCUCGCGGUCCACGCAGCAGCCACAAAAAUCCAGUCAACAUUCCGAGGACACAUGGUGAGACAUGAACUGGGGCAAUACAAGGGUCUCCAAUCCUGGCUUCGGAAGCGUAAGAGGUUAGCGGCAGCUGCGAAGAAGAAGCGGGAAGCCUGGGAGAAGAAAAUGGCGAAAAAGUGGGGGAAGACAACCCUGAAGCGGGUAAAAAACGUCGUAGACCUUGACUAA